AUGCUUGUCGCAGUAUUACCAGAUAUCAACUCGAAAAUGUGUGGCAGUGGAAGUCUGACAAACAACAGCACUUCGAGUACACAGCUUUCUCAAGACUCACAAGCUGCAAAUACUCUUGAAACGCUCGAAAACGGAAGUGUUUAUCAGUUGAAGAGUGUUAUUUGCAGAAACUUUGACAAACUUAAAUUUGUGGCAUGUGAGCUGAACGUACUCUGGUUGGUAUGGUCUGUAUUGCAGAUAUUUACGGUUAACUUAACGUUUUAUGGAAUGAAAAAUAUAAAAUGGAAACUCUUCAUACCACAUAUGAUGUUCAGGUCAGUUCGGAAACAAAAUUCCUUGCAUGUAUCUGCACAAUCGUUUGUGAAAAUUCCUCAAAUGAAACAAAUUCAUGCUCUGAGCAGAUGCAAAAUAAUAGUUUGUGUUCUUGUGGCAUGCCAGUGUUCAUAUUUGAAAGCAAAGCUUUUAUUAUUGUGCCUCUUGCUACUUUUAUCAUUGGUGAUUAUAUUUUUGAUAGCAUCGUUCAUAUAUUUACGUUACAAAGAAACGCAUUCAACUGGUAUAUACUUCAUUGUGAUCGCAUCAAUGACCUCAUUCUUCAUUUUGUUUUGGAUUUAUAUCAUGGUGUGUCAGUUAAGAUGUUGUCAGUUUGUGAAACGUUCCGCAGAAACCGGAUUCUCGGUUUCGACAACUCGACCUCUCGGGCCUCCGACAAUAUCACUGAGUGAUGCACGUCCAGCAGCCAUACAAGCGAAUGCACCAACUGUACCAGCUGUUCGUCAACUACCACCUCUAAGGCACACAUACCAUCGAAGGGCACCACCGGCAUACGGUGAUGCUGUUGCAUACGGUCAUUUUCCCGUUAAAACCGGUUGA